AUGGCCAGUCUCGUUGCGCGGCCGGCAUUCAUUCUGGUCCUUGGCCUGUCACUGACCUCGGGCUUUACGGACCUCAUCACACUGGUGCGCUUCAAGCAGUUCGCCGGCCUACAGACUGGCAACAUGAUGUUCAUUGGACAGAACUUGUAUCAGUUCACCUUGCCUCGCUAUUCGCAUCCGGAGCUGGUCAAGGAAAUCGCAUUCCACGUGGCGACGCUUGUGAGUCACUUUGCCGGUGUUUUCCUUUUCUGCGCCGUGGCCUACUGGACCACCUACCCGGUGCGUGCGGCUGCAUUGAUGGUCCCCGCGCUUACCAUUCUCGGGGCAGUGAUCGACAUCGGCACGCAGGGGAACGACUGGAGCGUCUGCUUGAUCGCUGCAUCCUUGGGUGCGAUGAACUUUAUUCCGUCGCCGAACUCCAACCUAUCUGGGAAGCUCUUCAUCAUGACUACACUUACCACUGGCAACCUCCAAAAAUGCGCAAAGAUGUUCUUCAAGUUCGUGUCCUGCCAAAAGUUCACUGACCAGGAGAGGGAGCAGACGUGCCUGAACCUUGGUACACUGCCAGCUGAUGGGGUGCAGGAUCUAGGCAAUGCUGCUACGACCGUGCUCGCCACGAUCAUCGGGGCGAUGCUGGCAGCCCUGCUCCUCGCAGGGAACCCAUUCGGCCCCGAGGCGUACUCCCAAUCCUGGUUCUUGCUGCCGGUGGCUGUGGUGCAGUUCUCACUGCUUUGGUUUCACGACCGUACCUUCCGACCGCGGUCGACGCCAGAUUCAGAACCGGACUUCCAGCAGGAC